AUGAAGUUCCUGCUCCAGUUCCCCUGCUGUUCCUGCUUCUGCUUCAUGGCGAACAAGAAGAAGGAGAAAUCAGAGGAGGGCGAAGGCGGAGGGCGUUGA